CGGCUCGUGCGCCACCGCAGCGUGCGCCGGUGGCUGGUAUCGAACGGACGCCGGUGGAACGGUCUUCUGCUCAGCAAACCAGGUCUCGGCGGAUGUGACCACGCUGCAAGUCAUCAGUUAGACCAGCCGCGGCCGCUGCUCUGCCCUGGCAAGGUGGUCCACGUUAGUGUGCGGGGCGUCACGUGGCCCGGUGUCCAGGGAAUUCGGGAUGUCCAAGAACGGCGUGCUGGCAAAGGAGCCUGUCUCGGACGGAGCGGUGGACUACCAGAGACUCAUCCAGCUGUUCGAAUGUCCUGUGUGCCACGAGUACAUGAGGCCACCCAUACACCAGUGCAAGAAAGGACACGUUAUCUGCCAGAAAUGCCGACCCAAGGUUAAGGGCAUUUGUCCGUUGUGUAAGCAGCUGGUCGCCAAUCAGACCAAUCUUAUGAUGGAGAAGAUCAGCACUCUCAUCAAGUUUCCAUGCGUCUACGCGCCGAAGGGCUGCGACGAGCUGGUGCCGCUGCGCGAGAAGAGCCACCACGAGACCACGUGCGCCCGCCGACCGGUGCACUGCGAGUACGCGCGCCGCGGCUGCGGCGCCCUGCUUCCGCUGCGGGAUAUGACCGGACACGUGCGGCAGUGUCACUUCCGGCCGGCCUGAGCACGCCGCGCGCCACACUCGAAGUCACGCCCGUUCCUGUGUGUCGCUACGAACAGUCGAAAGCCUGGGUAUGGCAGACAUCUGUCCGGCCCGAAGCCCGGUUGCUAUGUACGUCCAAGGUCAGAAUCGUGCUGAAGAUCGUGAGACUCGUCCAAAGUCUCGAGGCGCAUCCAGGCUUGUGAGACUCGUCUAGUGCCACGAGACGUUCUGGUGUGUCAGGUUGUGAACUGAAGUGUAACAGAAUGUCACCGACCGGCAUGUCGAGGCUUCCGCCAGAGCCUGCUUCGAGAGCAAAACCGUACAUCUGGGCGCAUUUUAGUCUCGGCUGAACAAACCAGACACUUACGAAUGCCAGUGUGUCUCCAUGUUCCGGUGUCCUUCAUGAGUGAUGUUGCUGACCGGUUUGAUAGAUUUGUGCUUACCGGGACUUCAAUAUGUGCACACAUUUUACGUCUCACCAUGACACAAGACUCACUCACAGGAAAGUCGGAAGUGCCAAGUAUGAGAACGAAAAUUGAUAGUCUCGAUCGAGAAAAUGUGGAGCUACCGUGCAUGCAUCAUUGCACGCUCUUGUCCCCAACGACAGGUGAAAGUAUGCUUUUGCGUUUUGAGCACGAUUAAAAAGGCCUCUGUGCAUCCACGUGUUUCGGGAGUCCAUGCUCACGUCCGAUGUCAUCCCGUCAUGUUCUACAGCGAUAUCGGACAGGAUGCAGUGCGAACGCAAUAAGCGAUGACUAUUCCGUGUCUCUGACGCAAUAUCGAGUUUCUUGUGAUUUGAGACUCGUGACGGCUGCCAUCAUCAGCGUGGAAAUAGUAAGAGCCGAGUGAAAUUCAUUCAAGCCAAAGUCCAUAACCAGCCAUUACACAAUCGGCAUAUUCGCAGAUAUCAUGCAG